AUGCUAUUGAAGAAACCAAGCCCCUACCUAUAGAUCAAGAUGGAGAGUCAGAAGACAAGGAGAGAAUCAUUCUCAUCCUGGCUGCUAAUUGUGGGUGUGAUUGUUCUAAGGGAUACUGAGGCAGCUUACCACAGCCUCGAGAUGUGUUUCACAGCAGUAGGUACAACAAAGUCUCUCUUGGACUUCACCAUGGUCAGCUCUAUGGAUGGCGUGCAGGGGAGCUUCUAUGACAAAAAAGACCAACAGCUUGUGAUCAAGGAGGCCUGGGUGUCCCAGGUGCUGGGGGCCCAUUACAUUGAAGAGAAGCGGCAGAAGUUGGUGUCCAGUGAGAUCAACUUUCUCUGGGCCCUCCAGAAUUGGAUACAGAGUGAUACCAAGGGUGAAGAUAAUCACACGGUGCAGUUCUGGCAUGACUGUCACCUAGAUGGAGACAUCCAUGUGAGCAGCCAUUUCUGGUAUGCUGUGGAUGGAGAGGCUUUCUGUGGAGUAGAUGAGCAGCUGAGGCACUGGGUGGCAAUGAAGCCUGAGGCUGAGUGCUUCAAACCCUUCUGGGAAGUUAUUUUCCCCUAUAAGAAGAUAGAACGCUACAUGCAGGAAGAUUGUGUCGAGCCAUUGAGGAAAGUCCUGCAGUACUCAAACGUAAGGGGAAAUGUUCCCCCUGAUGUGACCGUGUCCCGACAUGAUGCUCCUGAUGGCAGAGUCACCCUCUUCUGCAGGGCCACUGGCUUCUACCCACGCUCCAUCAUGCUUCGCUGGGAAAGGGAUGGAGAACUGGGUGUGUGGGGACAGGAGAGCUCCAGUGGCACCCUGCCCAAUGCCGAUGCCACCUUCUACCUCCAAAUCACCCUAGAACUCCUGCCCAAUGACCUUGGGACAGGUUACGCCUGUGUGGUAGAGCACAGUGAGCUAGAGACUCCAGUCAUGUUCCCAGUUCCUGAGAAGCCAACUAUGAAGAGAUCUCGGGCCAUGGUGCUAAGCGUACUGGCAAUUGUCAUCCUGGUACUGAGCUCUGCUGUGACCUUCAACACGUGGAAGAAAAGGAAGACAGGAACAACUUCCCAAGGCCAUCUGGAAGGUCCUUUAUCGCUUCCUCCUCUUCUGCAAUAG